UGGUUAGGGCAUUUUAGGUAUUCAACACAACACACGUGGGGUCUCCUCAGCCUCCACCGCUCUUCAUCUUAUUUUCUUCUUCCAUAUCAAUACCCAGAUUAGACAGGUCCACAGAUGAGCGACGGUGACGGAGGAACCGGCGGUGGUCACCGUCCGGCCACCGAUCGGUGGUCAAGGUCCGGUGUUUUUGACGCAGCAAACAACGGUAGAAGGCGAUGGUGCUUAAGGGUUCUGCUGUGACACUAUGACGCGGCAAUAAUAAACUUCCCUUCAAAGCGACCCCAAAGUAGUGGCGCUGACUUCCGGCCUUCUGCUCCGGUGAUCGGCCAUGACUUCCGACCUUCCGACUUCCCUAUCAGUGUGAUUCCUUCACAUCUCGAAAGUGCUGCUUCAUUCAGGAAUAGGUUUAGAAGGAAAUUAGGAAUGGAGUCAUUGGUGACCUUUAUUUGGGUAUAAUCUUAGGUUUGAGAACUUAAUUGUUAUGAUGGUGGUCUGCAAUGGUGACCCAUUUCACAAGGGUUCAAAGCAUGUUUCUCAAUCAUUGAAUCUGUUAUUGCGCUUUUUGCUACUUUUUGAAGUGUUUCUCUGCCGCUCUGCGAUAGUUUUCUUCUAAAAAACAAAGACAACAUCAGGCAGUAGCUAGCGAUGGACGAUGGUGAAGGUUGGCUGGGCUUUUCUGCUUGGUGAUUAAAUUGAUGAAAAAUAACAAAGGAGUCCAUAUUAGUUAGACGAAGAGGGAGCUGGCUCAGUUGGUUGACACCGGUAGGACCGUGCGACACAAAUUUGGCUUGGACAUGUAACUUGGGAAACCAAGAUGGUGGCUGCAUAUGAUUUGAUUGAGAUACACCUGACUCCAAAAACAUUGCAUCAAAAUUGAUGCUCGAAUACUCACCAGGUACCUAUAAAUACAUAACACUAGCAUCCCAUGAUCACUAACAAAAAAAAAAAUUGUCUAAUAGACUUGUGUGUCUAUCCUAUAAAUAUGGCAAUGUGAUUAUAUUUCUGUCGUUAAGAGGUUUCGUAUCAAAUGUGUAUGUAAUCAAUCUAUUUUUAAUUGCCCUUAUCUCAUGCAUAGAAAGGAGGUGAACUUUAUGGUAAGUUAAGAGUUAGCCAACAAGAACCAUGAUGUCCAGUUAGCUGAUUUUGUAGAAAGCAACUUCUUGGUGAACAGUCGUAUAUGAAGCUGCGGCUGAUCAAUGAUUAUGAAGGUUUUGAGGUCACUUGGAUAUUAGUUGAUCGGCUAGGUGUAUUGUAAGUGCUAUGGUUUUUCAAGUGCUUGACCUUAUUUUGGUUCAAUUGUAAGAACGCCAGUUUUGAGUCUUAUAAUAUGUGGCUAUAAUUUUUACUAGGAAGGUGAGCGGGCUCGAAUUUCCGUAGUCCCCGCGCAACGCGCGGGCCGAAUUCCACUAGUUGUGUUAAAGAAGCAAAAAAAAAAAAAAGAAAAAAAAAAGACGUGAUAAGGUUGUACUCUCUUGUUUGAGCCUUUUGUUAAGAAGCCUAAAAAAAAAAAGACGUGAUAAGGUAGUACUCUCUUGUAUCUGAAGAAUUAAACACGUUUUGUUAAGAAGCAAAAAAAAAAAAAAAAAAAAAAAAGUGAUAAGGUAGUACCUCUCUUGUUUGGACGUUUUGCUGAAAGAACUAAAGAAAAAGAAACACGGCAGCAAUUAAUUCAAAGCUACUUUAUCAAGUCUAUUCUUUUGAUCGAAAAAAACAAAACACCAUUAAUUAGUCCUACAUACUCCUCAUCUAUAAAUUUGUGUUAUUCUCCACGAGAGUUGUAAAAAAAUACCAGUCGUUUGUUACCUUAUAGCCUCAGAUCGCCUUGAAGAGGCUAGAACAGUCACUUCUACUUCUCAUCUUUUAAAGCAGUACUGCCAACAAUCAUAAUGUUGAACUUUCAAACAAUGUUGCACAAUGUUUCUCUUUUUUUUCUCCUGCUCUGCAUUUGGCUACAACAAGAAGUAAAUUGCUUUGUUCACCAGAAUUCUCCUCCAGAUUCAGGUUACCUUCGUUUUACAUACGAAGCCACUGAUUUCUCUCCUGCGAAAGCUUACGAUUACAUCAUUAUCGGUGGAGGGACUGCUGGUUGCCCGUUAGCUGCCACUUUAUCUGAAUCAUAUUCUGUCCUGCUACUUGAGAGGGGCAGUAGUUUGAACAAGAGCGUUUUAUAUGAAAGUAAUGUCUUUCAGAAUAUCCUAGCUGCAAAUGAUAAUGAUUCACCGGUUCAAACUUUUGUUUCGGAAGAUGGUUUACAGAACGCAAGGGCGAGGAUUUUGGGGGGCGGUAGCAUGAUAAAUGGUGGGUUUUAUUCGAGAGCCGAUGACUACUUUUAUGAUAAUGCAGGUAUCGAAUGGGAUAUGGGAGCUGUUGAAAGAGCCUACGAGUGGGUAGAAAAUAGUAUUGUUACUCGUCCAGGACGUUUAAAUAGGUUUCAAACUUCUUUCUUUAAUGGAUUACUCGAAUCAGGAGUUGUUCCUGAUAAUGGGUUCACCUUUGACCACGUUCGAGGAACCAAGAUUGGUGGUUCAACAUUCAAUGAUUCGGGGAUACGACAUGGGGCAGUUGAGCUUCUGAACAAUGCCAACCCGGAAAAUUUGGAUGUGUUGGUUCAUGCGAUGGUCGACAGGGUGAUCUUCUCCACCUCUGACCCUUUAGCUGCGGUUGGAGUUGCAUACCACGAUUCAAACGGAAAAUAUCACAUAGUUCAUGUAAGAACAAACGGAGAGGUAAUUUUGAGUGCCGGAGCCAUUGGAAGUCCGCAACUUUUGCUGCUAAGUGGACUCGGGCCAACCUCGAACCUUACAUCCUUGAAUAUUCCUGUUGUUCGGGACCAUCCUUUCAUCGGCCAGUUCAUGGCUGAUAAUCCACGAACUGGGGUAAAUAUCUUGCUUCGAGAUUCAAUAACAGAUUUAGGCCUCCGUGUGGCUGGGAUUACCGAAAGUGGACCAUACAUUGAGUCGUUUACAGUCGCCCCAAACACACCUCUCACGAGUAUCAUACCUUUUGUCGGUUCAGUGGCAAUUUUUAACUCAAGUGUGCAGAUAAUUGGUGGAAAGAUUACUAGGCCUAAAUCAACAGGUUCAUUGCAUCUCUUAUCUGCAUCUAAUGUAACAGUUGGCCCAAGCGUCCGCUUUAAUUAUUACAAUCACACCGAAGACGUAAAUGAAUGCUGGAACGCUGUGGAAGUUAUUAGAAAACUGUUGGCUACUCCAACCAUGGAAGAGUACAAGUUUGGUGGACAAAAUUUCGAAUUUCUUGGGUUGCCGUUACCUGAGGAGUCAUCUGAUUACGAGACCAUUGCGAGUUUCUGUCGUGACACUUUGUCCACAUUUUGGCAUAUCCAUGGUGGAUGCUUGCCUAACAAGGUGGUUGAUAGCAAUCUGAAAGUCAUCGGGGUUGAUUCUUUACGAGUCGUCGAUGCUUCAACAUUUUUUAACUCACCGGGAACAAAUCCACAAGCAACCACUAUGAUGUUGGGCCGGUAUAUUGGUAUCAAAAUGCUUGAAGAGAGAGCAGCAAGUCAAGGGCAUCCGUUCUUAGAAUACAUCUAGUGUAUUGUAUCUGAUGUGUCAUUUAUGUCUUACUUCCGCCUUUUAGUAAUAUCACGUUAACUAAUAAGAUUAGUUUAAUAAUAGAUUGAACCCUUUGUGUUGAA